UCUAACAAGAGUGGAGACGGGUUUGAGAUUCUUUUCAUUCAGCACAUCUAUUUAAAGACAAUGACACCUGCGAAGUUUGUCUUUUGUCUAACGUGUUUGCUCUUAGGGGAAAUGGCUCAGGUGAACAACCAGAAGUUCUUCUCAUCUGGUCAUCAAGAAAGACGUUUCAUAUCAGUUAAAACUGGGGACAGCGUGACUUUGCAUUGUUACAGUAAAACUGGUGUAACGCCACGGUUUUACUGGUAUAAGCAAACAUUGGCAGAGAAACCAAGACUCAUUUCUACCUUCUAUGUAUAUGAACAAAAUGCCACAUUUCACAGUGAAUUCAAGAGUGAUCCACGCUUCACCCUGGAUACUGAAAGAGGUCAAAACGACUUAAUCAUCUCAGGUGUGCGCAUUUCAGACUCAGCAACUUAUUACUGUAUAUGUUCCUAUUUACACACAGCAACAUUUUCAGAGAGCAUUACUGUUGGUGUUAAAGAUUCAGACUUGAACAUCAAGGCUGUGGUCCAACAGUCAGCUUCAGAGACCAUCCAGCCAGGAAGCUCUGUGACUCUGAACUGUACAGUACACACUGGGACUUGUGAUGGAGAACACAGUAUUUACUGGUUCAAAGACUCUGAAGAAUCUCAUCCAGGACUCAUUUACACCCAUGGAGGCAGGAAUGACCAGUGUGAGAGGAAAGCCAACAAAAGAACACACACCUGUGUCUAUAACUUGACAAUGGAAAGCCUGAAUUGGUCUCAUGCUGGGACCUACUACUGUGCUGUCGCCUCAUGUGGACACAUACUGUUUGGAGAAGGAACCACGCUGGUGUUUGGAGAUGACGUAAAAUCUCUUGUCUUGGUUUACGUCUUGAGUGGAGCAUUGACUUUUACCUCCACCCUGGUUGUUUUACUGGCUUUUCUUCUCUACAAGAUGAGCAAACGAAACCACUUCAAAUCAGGCCAUCAACAAGCAAGAUUUUCAACCCCCUCUGCAGAAGGUUACCAUGAUGCAGACAACCUCCACUACGCUGCUUUAAGCAUUAACCUACCUAACAGAUUGAAAAGACAGAGGAAAACCCAGAGUGAAUGUGUUUACUCUAGUGUCAAGCAGUAGGUUACAUUUUUUCCACUCUAGUGAGACAAAAAAAUCCUUACUGACACGGGGUUUGUGUUUUUGGUUUAAGUUAUACUCUUUGGAUUAUGGUUUUCUGUUUGUAAUAUAUUUAUAGUUCCUGGUUUCUGUUCUGUUUCUGUACCUCCUUUGUGUUCUUGGUAAAGGUUUAAUUCUGUUCUCCGUAUGUUGUAUGCUUAGUCUUAGUUUUCUGUCUUUAUCUCGUCCCUGUGUUCCAUGUCUAGUUACUUUUGUCUCUGUGCUUAAGAUUCCCUCUGUUGCAGUGUCUGUCAAGUCUGCGUCUUCACGGAUCUUUCAUAUGUUAGGCUAUGCCCUCUCUAUUUUUGGUAAUUCCACCCCGGUGGAAACCCAAACAAAA